CAAAGGAUAGAGAUGGAAAACAGGGUGAAAAGAAAACUAUGGACCCAAAUCAGGUAACGCCGUCAAUACCAGAAACCGCCGCAAACAUCUUUCACUCUUGUUCACGACACCUGCAAAUACAACCCAAUAUAAUAUGGAUCCAAUCCUCCAUUCUCCAUACUCAAUCACACAACCUUCACCAAAUCACUUAUACUUCCCUCUCAAAAGCACACAGCUAGCUAGAUUUAGUAACUGCAGGAGGAGUUGAUAUCUCGAUCGAUGACAACCAAGGAACGGAAGAUACUGGUGGCGGUGGACGAAGGUGAGGAGAGCACGUACGCGCUGUCGUGGUGCCUGAAAAACGUCGUCGCCGAGAAUUCGAAAGACACCCUCGUCCUCCUCUACGUCAAACCACCGCAAGUCGUCUACACAGCUCUUGAUGGAUCAGGGUAUUUGUUUUCGCCGGAUAUAAUUGCCACCAUGGAUAACUACAGGAACCAGGUAGCUGAAUCCGUGAUUGAAAAGGCCAAAAAGCUUUGCAAAGAUCUUCAAGAUGUGAAGGUGGAGACGAGGGUGGAACAGGGUGAUCCGAGGGAUGUGAUCUGCAGUGCGGCGGAGAAAAUGGGUGUGGACAUGGUGGUGUUGGGCAGCCAUGGAUACGGUUUGAUUAAGAGGGCAUUUCUUGGAAGUGUGAGUAAUCACUGUGCGCAGAACGCCAAGUGUCCGGUCUUGAUAGUCAAGAAGCCCAAAACCUCUGCAGCUGCAACUUCCACUUCUUGAAGUUGAAGUUGUAGUUAGUGUCGUGUUAUGUUAUUAUUUAUGCAUUGAAGUUUGUAAGAUGGUUAUUGUUGCUGUUUUACUUUUAUGGUUAUUGCGUUUGGUAUUUUGAAGGCAUUGUAAAUAUGGCACGAGCUUAUGAACAUAAUGAAAUAUCAGUGGU